CCAAAUGCAGAAUUGUAGAAAUCAAGCCUCUCGCCAAAACGAAGGCUCAGUCUCUAGAUAGCUCUUCAAGCAAACAGUCAGUCUCAGUUAGUUCAGUCGGUCUUGUGUAUAUACAGAGCUCGUAUUAUAACUACAUCGAAGUCUCGAAGCUAAGAGUGAAUAAACAAAGAAUAAUUAAAUAUGAGUCCUCCGGAAGCAGCGAGUUUGAAGUUUGAUGACAAUCAAUUACCCUAUAUCGAUUUGGGUAAUGCUGUCAUUCGUCUGGAAAAAGAAGAUCCACCAGAAUGGGCAUUGGAAAAGGCACGCAACGAACUUCGUGAGACUCCAGAAAUUGUAGAGAAAGCAAUCGUAGAAUUACGUCAAAUGAUUCAACAAACCGAAUUUUUACAUUUACCCUUGGAUGAUGAAUACAUGAAAAUGUUUUUGAGGCCCACCAAAUACUAUCCAGAGAGUGCCUUGAAAAGACUUAUCAACUUCUAUCACAUGAAACUGAAAUACGGAGAAGUCUGUGACAAUAUCUUACCAUCUACAAUAAGGAACGUCUUCGAAGAAGGCAUCCUUUCACUUUUGCCCAACAGGGAUCAACAUGGUAGAAGAAUUCUUGUCAUUGAAGCUGGAAAAAAAUGGAAGCCUUCAAAAGUGGCACUCGGUGAUAUGUUCAAGGGUAUUCAAUUAGCAGUUGUUGGUUCUAUGGCUGAGCCAAAGUCACAAAUUUGUGGAGCUGUUGUCAUCAUUGAUAUGGAAGGUCUUCCAGUUAGUCAUGUUAUGCAAUUUACUCCCUCAUUCGCUAUCAUGCUACUCGAUUAUGUUCAAGACUGCAUUUGUAUGAGACUUAAGGCUGUGCACAUUGUAAACAACUCAUAUAUUUUCAAUAUGCUCUUUGCCAUCUUUAAGCCUUUUAUCAGGGAGAAACUUCGAAAGAGGAUCUUCUUCCAUGGGAAGGAUUGGAAGUCAUUAGCUGGUCACAUUGAUAAGGAAUUCUUGCCAGCGAAAUAUGGAGGUACCACAACUUGGGAAAUUCCACCUGGUAAUUUGUUAGCUGAUUUCUUCGAAUGCUACAAAAAGGAUUUCGAAAUGGCAAAUGCUUUCGGAUUUACUGACGGAUACAAGAUGAAGAAAUAAAACUUAACGCCAGGAUAAAAAAAGAAAAAACUUAAGAACGCGUCAAGUUCUUGCCGCGACACCUCCUAAUAUUAGUAUUCUCUCUCUAUUUUUUGUGAUACUAUAAGUAGAGUCUGACAUCCCUUAAAAAUGUUGAGAAAAUAAAAAGAAUUUUAUAUGCAGUCUUCCAAAAAAUAUAAAAAAAACUGUACAUACGUUAAAAUAUGUAUACUUUUAAAGGCUGCCUAGGAGUGUAUAAUACAUUUUGAAUUACUCUUGCACUUGAUACAAUCUCCGUAAUUAUUUUUUGUUUUUUGAUUUUUCAUUUAUAUUUUAUUUUAUAUAAAAAAAGAAAUUGUUAUACUACAUAGAUUAAGUUAAUCUUAUGAGAAUUAUUGUUAUUUAUGUGAAAAAUGUUUUAUAAAUAAGUUUGGGAUGAAAAUAAAAAAAAUAAAAUGAAA